AUGUUAAGAAUUAAUCAAACGAUAUCGGACAUCCCUCUGAAAACAACAGCCGGAGAAUUCGGCACACACGAUUAUUACAAAGACAGUUGGGGCUUGUUAGUGUGUUACGUGUCAGACUUUUCAGCGGUUUGCGCCAGUGAGCUAAGUAGACUGGCAUCGUGCUACAAUGAAUUCAAAAGUCGAGGGGUCAAAAUAUUAGCAAUGUCUUGUGAUCCUCUCGAAACACACCUCAGAUGGGUCGAGGACGUGAGUAAACUAUGUGGUAUCAACAAAACGGACGAAUUCCCCUUUCCCAUAGUAUCCGACCGUAACCGUAUGCUGUCGUUAUAUUUAAACGUACUGGAUUCAAAGACUGUCGACCAAGACGGAGUGCCGGUACCAUGCAGGGCUACGUUUGUUAUUGCACCCGAUUUAAGUAUACAGCUGAUUCAUUUUUAUCCACAAACUACAGGCCGUAACUUUGACGAGACAUUAAGGUCUAUAGACGCCUUGAAACUGUCGUUUGAUUGCAAUAAGGAUAUUUUGACACCUUGCGAAUGGAAACCAACAAAAAAGUGUUUAAUAUCGCAAAGCCUAUCAAAAGACGUCAUAGAUGAAAAAUACUCCAAUUCGACUAUUGUCAAACUGCCAUCAGGAAAAGAAUAUUAUCGAUUAUACCAACAGAUGGAAAAUAAUAGAAAAUUCAAUCGAACAAUUGUUAUACUUAAGCUAAAAAUGUUAAAGCAUAAAACGAUCUAG